ACAUAUAUAAUUGGAAUAGGAUGAGGAGAGGCGUUGGCAUAGGGAGAAGUUCUCCGAGUGAUUCCAUUGGCCCUUCUGCGGCGGCGACAACUGACAACCAUGGCCGACUCCUCUCAAGACCUCGACCAACUCCUCGACAGUGCUUUGGAUGAUUUCCAAACCUUCAACCUCAAUCCUUCUCUGCCAAGUGGGGAAGCGACGGAGAAGAAGAAGGAGCGUCCUUCGUUGCCGUUGGGGGUUCAGGGAUUGGGCAUGGGGUUACCUGAUUUGGGAACGAAGAAGAAGGGGAAGCAGAAGGCUUCCAAAGAUAGCCACGUGUCGGAGGCGCUGAACAAGCUGAGGGAGCAGACCAGAGAGGCUGUCAAGGGACUCGAGUCCAUGGCCCCACCCUCUGUCGAUGAUUUGGGCAAGGAUGCUCUCAUGGAGGAUUGGGUCAAACAGUUUGAGCAGCUUGCUGGCUCUCAGGACAUGGAAUCUAUUGUGGAGACCAUGAUGCAGCAACUUCUGUCCAAGGAAAUUCUUCAUGAACCAAUGAAGGAAAUAGCUGAAAAAUAUCCCAAGUGGUUGGAAGAGCACAAAACCAGCUUAAGCAAAGAAGAAUAUGAACGCUAUUCACACCAAUAUGAACUGAUACGAAAUCUUAAUGAAGUUUACGAAAAUGAUUCCGGAAACUUCACCAAGAUUGUUGAGCUCAUGCAGAAAAUGCAAGAAUGUGGACAACCACCAAAUGAUAUUGUCAAGGAGCUUGCUCCUGAUUUCGAUCUAGCCAGUCUUGGCCAGUUAUCUCCAGAGAUGUUUGAUUCUCAGCCAAAUUGUUGUAUAAUGUGAAGCUAUUUCUUCCCUUUUACUGUGGCAGCUGCUGGUUUACAGGAUCUUAGGAACAUUAAUUUUCAAUUGUCAGAAUAAAAUAGUUUUAUGUGCUACAAUGUUUUUCCUUACUACAAGUUUAUAAGUUUACAAGGAACCCACACUUGAUGCCUCUGUCUAAGGUUGUAUAUGACGAGGGCUUGUCUAUUAAAUUGUAUCACGAGUUGCUAGUUGCAAACAGAAUUUGCUUUCUGAUAUUUUGAGAAUCAUUUCCGACCAUUCUCGAGAUCCAUGAA